AAUUUUGUAAAUCAAAUUAUCGACUAAACGAGAAGAAUUCGCAUUCGUAAAAUUCUUGAUUAAUAAUAUCCAAUAUGCGACAACCUAUCUAGUGCGUGAAUCUAAUGCAGACGACGUGGGAUGACAAGAUGGCAGCACUGAGGAGAUCCCGAGGAAGAUAUAUGGAGAUUUUCCCACCACCCGAGUUCGCCAGUCGCCAUAGAACCCGCAGGAAUUCAUUCGUGGAGGUGCUCGAUGAAAUUCGGGUACCACCUUACCACCUCCGUCGUUCCAGACAAUGUCUGUCUCGCGUGACAGACGACGGAUGGCUCAGAGCGACGUGGCUGAACCGAUUUCUUCCACCGCCUGAUCGAAGGAUGAGAGAGUAAGAUAUUUUGAACCAAGUCACUAUUUGCGGUCAAGAUGAGUGGCGGAUCCACGGGUGUAGCCGAUCUGUUUUAUUUGUUGGAAUCGAAUAAACUUGGGGAGGUCGAAGAGAUCAAGAAAGUAUUCCAUGAUCAUUUGUUAUGCACAAAGGACAACUGGUUGGUAAAUGGAUUGUUUGAUUACUAUCUCUCUACAAAUUCCUUGAGGACAGCGGAAGUAUUAGCGGGAGUAAGAGAUCCGCAUGAUAAACACCUAUUAGAUCGUUUGUCAGAUAUUCUUUCAAAACCUGGCAAUAGUAGGCAGAGAAUACAGGCACUCACAUUGCUUGGGCAUAUAGCCAGACGUCAGCCUACUUGGUUGUACAAGUUAGCCAGCCAUGCGUUAUUCAGAGAUCUACUCAAAUUACUCAAGGUGGAGGCAGAUAUAUUACCGCUAAUGAGUGCCCUUCUUCUGUUAGUAAUGUUGUUACCAAUGUUACCUGCUGCUCUAGGGCCAUAUCUACCAGAAAUAUUUGAGGUAUUUGGCCGCUUGGCCUCUUAUUAUCAUCAUCAUCAAUCGUCCUUACUUUCUCCUUCUACCCCUUUUACUUCGACUACAGCACCAAAUGUUAUCGACAAGGACCAUAUGUACCUCAUACAUUUGCAGGUAGGAUUAUACUGCUUAUUUCAUAGACUGUACGCGAUGUAUCCUUGCAAUUUUAUAUCAUACCUGAAACAACAGUAUGUUCAGCGUGAUCAAUUGGCUACAUUUACUCAUACUAUUAGACCCAUGUUAGAUUCUGUGCGUAUGCACCCUUUACUCGUCACAGCAUCCAAGGAUGCAGAAAUUUCAGCCACUAGGUGGAAAAAGAUGGAACAUCAUGAUAUUGUGAUAGAAUGUAGCCGUUUUACAUUAGACAAAUGUCGAGAAGAAAUCUUAGGCGUUAACUCUCGGUGCACGCCACCCCUGGAUCAAUCUUCCAUCACUUGUGCGCCAAUAAACAUCUGCGGCGGAGUAACAACUACGGAAAUUAGUAAUGGAGAGGAUGAAACAUUUUGGUCACCGAGCAUGACAGUGCCACCACAUAGCCCACCGCAAAAUGCAUCUCAUGAACCACGCUCUGCUCCGCCAACGCCUAAUAACAAUAGAAGCGGUACUUCCCCUCCUGAAGCUGCUAUAGAAGCUACCCCCGAAACAACUCCUGUCAAGGAUCUACGAAAAUUAUCAACGAGACAACCCCCUCUGGGAUCUAACGCAGUGCGUGCUUUGGGUAACGCAUUGGGCAACGGCACAUCAUCACGGCCAGCAACGCCAACUCCUAUAAAUUCCUCUUCGGCCUCGGGAACAAAAAGUACGGAUAUCUCAUCAAACACACAUGGAUUUCUUUCGAAUAGAUUAAAUAAAAUUAUGACAGACAGACAAAGUGUUAUUCAGUCGCAAAAAUUACUGAGUAAUAACGAAGAAAAUAGUAGGUUCCCAGAGAUGGCUUUAAGUCAAAACGGAAAGAAUGAUUCUUGGCAAGAGGAUCAAGAGGUACUAGAAAUUGUCAGCUCGCAUGGAAAUGGAGCAGUUGAAAUGCCAAAGUAUGUUGAAGCGCAAUCUGAUACACGAAACGAAAAGAGCGAGUACGGCACUCUGAUCAAUUUAUCGCAAAAGAUUUAUCAACUUCGAUUAUACUCUCAAUGCCAUCUCCCAGUAGAAGAUACGAAUUCAAACGUAACGCACAAAAUUCGACACUCCAGAUCCUGCCCGGACAUGAAAAUGCAGAAGAAUAGCUACAGCGAAGAUGUAACAGAUCAGGUGUCAGCAGGAACGAAGAGACACGAGGAUAUUGGUACUCAAACAUGUAAUCUAUUUCCAUACGAACAUCUGCUACUAGGAAUGUUAGAUCAGAACAGCCAAAACGUUAAUCAAGAAAGUUCUGAUUCAAGAAUGUCGCCAAUCAGCAUGCUGGAUCGAUAUAUCGAGGCUUGCACAAGAGCGAAUAGCUUUUCUAGUAAAACAAUUUUUCCAGAAACAAAUGGCACCAGGCAGAAACAGAAAAAGAAAGGGGAAGAGGAUUCGGAGGAAGACGGAGGAGAAGACGAUGGUGUAGAUCCAACUUGCGCCAAUCAGUUACUUCAACUCAUGCAAAUGCAACUGUUAUUCGAGCGACAGCGUCGGGAAGUUCAUGCUGAACGUAAUCGACGUUUGCUUGGUAAAUUACGAGAUUCACGAGCUUCAGAAGAACACAAUCUUGCUUUGACCGAACGUUUGAAAAUGAUCGAGAGGGAAGUGGAAGAAUUGAAAGCGCAAUUAGAGAAUAAUAAAAGGGAAGCACAUCAAGCUGAGGAACAAUACAAAGAAGCUAUGCAUCAUUGGCAAACUAAAUGCGUUGAAGAGCAACGACAAAGUCAGGCGUUCAAAGAUCGCUUAGAAAGUUUAGAAUUGGAAUUGAAAGAUGAACAGAAGAAGACUGCCGAAACGCAACAACAGCUUCGUUCUGUUGAGGCAGAACUUUUCAAUGCAGGACAUCAGCUUAAAGCAGCAUUAAAGGCUGCGGAUCGUGGCAAAGAACUGGAAUGCAAUGUGGACACUAUGCAGAAAAAAUGUGUGCUUUUAGGAGAGGCGCAAUUAAGAUUGCAAGAAAAUACAAGUACUCUCUCACCAAUAACCAAGCAAGAAACGGCGCAAAUACAAAAAUCGUAUACAGAAGAGUUAAACAAUAUUCGACGACAGUUGGAAUCGCGAACAUCGCAUUUGGAAGCGUUGAAAACUCGAUUGAGUGAGUUGGAAAAUAAGGAUGCGCGUAAGGAGACGCAAUUGGUAAAUCUGCAACGGCUCCUACAAGAAACGAAAGAGCAACAUGCGUCCGAAUUGGAAGCUGUUGAAUCAAAGUAUCAAGCGCAAGUAGAAAUCAAUCUGCUCCUGGAAGGUCGUAUACUCGAGCUCCAUGGUAAACUGGAAACUGCGACGGACUCAAAUACUUCGCCCAUGGGUAAUCCUGCUUCCUCGGCAUCGCCUAAAGAACGAUCUCCACCUCUUUCAACUAGCCUAGCUUCGUCCAGCGAGGGUAGCCUUGCGUUCAUUCAUCCGGGGGCCGGGAUUAUCAUGAAUGAUUGCUGCGAUACUGCAACGGGUGAGAUACCCAAUUUGCAAGCUAUGAUAGAACCUGUAUCGAGUACCAGUCAAGCCACUUCACCAUUACGCUCCAACAUUCAACAAUCAUCGACGCCGAAGCAAGAUUAACACUAUGGAAAUGUUUACCGUAACAUAAAUUCCUUGUAUAUCUGCUGUUAAGCGAUAUACGGGAUUAUUAUCGAAGAUUAUACGCAAAUACGCCGCGAUCGUUACUUAGUGUUGCGGCACGAACGGAAAGAAAGUUAUUUGUAGCUUUUUAUCGAUAGAAUAGACGAGAUUCGUAAGGAAGACAACGUGAUUGCGAUCGAACAGGCAUGCUAAGUUUGUUAGUGUUGGUAUAUCUCCGCUCUUGGAAAAAUGAAUUCACAGAAUAAAUGGUUGAGAUAUUUUGCUGACCAA